AUGACCUCGGAUGGAGUAUAUUUGAUAUAUCCCAAAGGAUAUUAUUCAGUUCCAGUCCCAGUCUACUGCGAUAUGACCACUGCGAAGGGACCAUGGACAGUAUUUCAGAAAAGGUUUGAUGGAAGUGAGAAUUUUUUUCGAGGCUGGGAAGACUACAAGUCUGGAUUUGGACAUGCCGACAAAGAAUAUUGGUUGGGUCUGGAGAACAUCUACCACCUCACCCUGCAGAGGUCCUACCGCCUGCGCAUCGACCUCACAGAUUUUGACAAUGACUCCCGUUUUGUGAUCUACAAUAAAUUUGCCCUCUCGCCGCUCGCCAUCUCAGCUGAGGAAGACAACUACAAACUGUAUAUUGAUGAGUUUGAGGAAGGAGAUCCAUCCAGGCCAGCUGGUGAGGAAUCAAAGCAGGAGUAUGGAUAG